UUUUCAGUUUAUUGAGUGGGUAGUACAGUAUGUCCCUUUUCCCUCAUGUGGAGAAGCAGGAUCUUGAUUUUCUCUCUCAACAAAUGGUUAAAGUGAGGUAUUCAGUCUUUCAUAGGCUUAACAUAAAGCUAAGCCUGAAUCCUUCAAGACAGCUGACUUGUUGGCCCACGCAAGGCUGCAUCACUGUCAAGAGUCAAGGCCACAUCUUUCCUGGUACACAGCAAGUCUUAGAGGAGACUUUCAUGAGCGUCACAUUUUAACACCAAUCCAUCAGCUUCAGUUCACACCUUCUGCCUUUAAACUCUCUGUAACAUACGACAAGUUAAAGCAACAGAAUCAAAGGUCACUCUCGUCAUUCAUUCUCUUCAGUUACAUUUAUAAGCUUUUUAUAUUGGGUGUGUUUUACUUUACUUGGAGAACAGUGAUAAUCAUUUUGUGUUGAACACAUCCAGUGUUGCUGUCAGUGCAAUACUGCAGCCUGCAGGUCAAACUGAGCACAACAGCAGCUGAUGAAACACAAUUUAUAGGUCAAAAUCCAUGUUUUUAUAUACAGUAUUGUUGUUGACAUUAGUUUGACACUUAAUGAACAGCUGUAAUGACCAAAUUCAACAAAUCAGUAACACGCUAACCCUCUAUUUAUCAGUGGAUGUAACGUGAUCAUGUCUGACUUAUGGCAACAUAACUUUAUUUAAUAUAUUUUCAAUUUAUAUUUCCAGUCAUUUCCAAAGGCACAUGAUACAUCGACUUUAAAUGGUAAAGGCACAAAAACACUGAAGGAUAAAAUCACUUUACAUGGUUUGAUUCUGUACUUCUUCUGCUGUAUGUUUACAAAUCAGACAAUAUAUUUUCAAAACUUGAACUGUUCUAUAUAAUAUUUUGAGUGUUUAUGACUAAAGAUUACAGUACAUUCUUAUAGGCACCUUUAUAGUACAUUUUUUCUUGUAGUCUGGGUUCCUGUCAGAUUAAUACAUUGUUAAAUUGUCUGAAUUUGUCCUGAUGAAAGGACAUCAUGCAAAAAUAAAUGUAAACGUCUGCAAAAGUUAAUCAAAAUAACUCCAUUAUAAUAUGGUUGUAAGCAGCGGCUUUUAAGUGCUUAUUAUUGCACAGUAUUUGUCAGCAUUUAAAACUUCCAUUAUGAAGAUAUAUUUUGUAUUAUUACAACUGUAUUUCACUAUAUUGUCAUUUAUUAUCUGUUUAUACGGCACCCUCCAUUUAUGGGUGUCCACAAGAGGAGAUAUAUUUGUUGACAGAUAUAUUAAUAAACACUUAUAUCUGCUUACAGCUACAGUAUAUCUAUAUCUAGUGUGUUUUUAAACAUGUAUUAAAUAUUUAUAUAAGCUACUGCUCAUUAAUGAAUAAUAAAACAGGGAUCACUGAACAGUAUGUUAGUCUGUCUGUGUGUAUUAAAUUGAACAUUGAAGCCCUUUUCUUCUAAAUCCCCCUCUUUAUCAUGUUCCUCUCUAACAGGCAGGGGUAAUCAAGGGAAUAGCAGAUCAAUGAUUGGCCCUCUGGUGACAUGUGACCUAUAGCUGAUGACUUAUUACCUGGAAGAGUCAACUUCUCCGUACCUGGGAGUUCACCGUGAAGGUUAGGCGGGCUCUCACUCUUGGACUGAGAGCAUCAAUUUCGAUGUUUUUAACAGCUGGAUGUUUUUAUCCUCUUUCAGCAAUGGCGACAAAGAGGCAGUUUGGAUGGCGAAAGCUGUUUCUGAUCCUCACAGUACUGCCCUGCUGCAGGAGCUUAGAGGUUUCAAUUCCACAGAAAGAAUAUGAAGUCGCAAGAGGAGGCGAUAUUACGUUGACCUGUUCCUUCAUCCCAGCCCAACCAGACGCCAUCCCAGCCGUCCUCACAUGGGAAGUUUUCGCUGACAAUCCUAAUGAGCCAAUGAAACCCGUGGCCAGCGUCUAUCCGAAUAAUGUGAUUAACAUUGGACCUGGUUAUGAAGGCAGAGUCUCUGCGGAGAUUGACAAUAUCAACCAUGUGAGCACACUCCAUUUGACCAAGGUGAUCAUGCAGGACAGCCGUCGAUACCAGUGCGGUGUCUUAAUCCCCAAUGAUGAUAAGGGAACAACAGCUGCCAUCACUUCCCUUUUGGUCCUGGUGGCUCCCUCUGUGCCGAUCUGCAGCAUCCAGGGAAAAGCAGAGUACGGGCACAACAUCAGCCUCACCUGCAUGUCUGAGGAGGGAUCCCCAAAACCCACCUAUAAAUGGACGAGCUACAGUGUUACAAAUGUUCCCAGAGACUUUCUACCUAGGUCAUCUGAAAAGGACGGAGUUCUAUCUCUCUACAAUAUUUCAAGAGAGAUGUCAGGGUUCUACAUUUGCACAUCAACAAAUCGAAUCGGUUCUGCCAGUUACAACCUCACCUUAGCCGUGUUGCCUGGUAGCGUAGGAGAGGCGUCUAUUGCGGUUGUAAUCGGAGGAGUCGUCGCAGGUCUCGUGCUUCUGGGGAUUCUCAUCUUCUGUUGCUGCCGGAAAAAGGGCAAAAAGAACAAGUACGCUGAAGGUGCCCCUGUGCAGUUUUUUGAAAAAGAUGAGUCGGAAGCUGGAGAGGAGUACUGGGAUGACAUGUCACACAGCGAGACAAAGAAAGACAAGCUGUAUGAAGACAAAGGCGCUGUUCCUCAAAACAAUUACAUCGCAGGACCAGAUAGACACAAGUUGGAUGAUGAUCAAUACAGUCAUAGUGGUAAAGAAACGAUUGAUGUCAAGGGCAGUUAUACUGACUCCCAACGUAACCAGGACGACCAGGAUGACGACUAUCGUGGUAGUCGUGAUCGCCUUGACGAUCAGCGUGAUCGUUAUGGUGGCAGUCGUGAUCGCCUUGAUGAUAAACGUAACUAUUACAGUGGAAGUCGUGACAGGCUCGAUGAUCAACGCGAUCGUUAUGGUGGCAGUCGUGAUCGCCUUGACGAUCAGCGUGAUCGUUAUGGUGCCAGUGAUCGCAACGGUCGCAGUCGCGAUCGCCUCGACGAUCAACGCGAUCGAUACGGUGGAAGUCGUGAUCGCCUCGACGAUCAACGCGAUCGAUACGGUGGAAGUCGUGAUCGCCUCGACGAUCAACGCGAUCGAUACGGUGGAAGUCGUGAUCGCCUCGACGAUCAACGCGAUCGAUACGGUGGAAGUCGUGAUCGCCUUGACGAUCAACGCGAUCGCAACGGUCGCAGUCGCGAUCGCCCUGACGAUCAACGCGACCUUUACGAUGGAAGUCGUGACCGUGUCGUUUACAAGGACGAUCAAUACAGAAAUUGAUAUGAAUAAUUUGUUACUGAAUGCUCUUUUGAAAUCUUUUUGUUUCUUUUUAUGACGCAUAAAAAGGCGUGCCUCAUCACAUAUUAAAGAGCAAUUCAGGAAAAUGCCAUAAAUUCUCAUGUAAAAGCCGGUAAUAAAAUAAUAAUGGGCGUUUCGUCCAACACAAACAAUUAAAGGCCAGGUAAAACAACACUGAGGGGGUUCACCUGGUAUAUUUAGCAUGAUGAGUAUUUCGACUGCACUAAUUUACUACAACAACAGUCAUGUUGUAGUCACUGCUCUGCUGCUCUUACCCUGCUUUAAAGCAUUCAUGUUUUAAUUAAUUGUUUUAAACAACCCCAGCUGUUUUUUCGUUACCCUACUCCUCUUCAAUGCCAGCUACCGUCCACAAAACUCAACACUUUCAUGUUUUUUCACAUUAAAAGCCUCCCUAUAAAGGAAGGCUGCAAGACUUUUACUGUGAAAAUUCUGGAUAAAGUACACAGUAUCAUUCAUGGUAUGACAUGGUUGGGAAGAAGUGGAAGAUCUGACAUGACUCUUGCUAUACUGACGGUUAAUACUGAAUUUAUCAGGUAAGGUAAACAGGUAAACAUGGUCAAACCAAAUUAACUUGACAACUUUUGACCCUGAACACCAAUCACAGUGUGACCUGAAUAAAACAAUAUUAUACUUAAAAUAGUAAACAUAAUUGGUCAUAUAAUGUAUUGGUGUCCUAAUAUAAGAGGAUAAUUGCUUUGAGUCUUUUACUAAAUAGGCACAUCACCCAUAGUCUCUAUUGUUGACUGGGAGCAUUAAUCAGACUGGGUUGUAGUUAGCCAUGUUAUAACCUGACCUGACAACAUAUACAACACAUUUGUAAUUCAAAUAAAUAAAGCAGACAUCUUAUUUACUCGUAAGCACAGAAAAUACAAUUUUAAAUAAUUUUUAGCAUGAAUUGUGUUUGUGUGUAUAUCCACGAAAACCUGCCCAAAUCUCACAAAAUGUAAGUUGUCACAUUUAGGGAACCUGACUACUGCAGUAAUUUUAUUUAUGAAAAUUCUAGUCACUCCAUCAUGUAAACUGUGUACAUUAUCUUUUAUUUUAAGAGUUCUUAGUUUUUGAAUCGAAGUAAUGAAUGUUUUAAUUUUAUUUCUAAUGUGUGUGGUAAACCUCUUUGUACAGCCAAACUAUGACAUUUGUGCUUUUGUGUGUUUUUGUGGCAGUUUAUACUGAAAUUAAGUUUACUUGAAAGAUUUUAGCUUUUUCUAUUUCUAUGUUUUUGUGUGAUAAAUGAUAUUGAAUGUAAGCACUGCAUUUUUCAUAUGAAUCAAAGUCAAAUCGAGUUCAAUAAAGAAAAUUGGUUUAAAAAAA